AUGGUGAUGCACCGUCUCGCCGAUGAGGAACGUCUUGCUCUGCGACCAGGUUGCAUCUAUGUUUGGGAAGAGCGUAGCUCCAACCCCCUAGAAGCCACCGGUCAAGAGAUUCAGAGAUUUACCGAGGGCCGUAGUUGGGGUCCUUCUAGGGCUCGCGACAACUUUCUUAUCUACUACGAGAAAGAUAGUCCGACCCGGUCUUCAAUUCUCCAUCGAAACAACGUCAGAACUGAACCUCAACUCAUCAAGCAGACAUAUUCCGUCUUCAUCGACUAUCCUCGGAAUGCGCGAAAGUGGCACCUCAAUGCCUAUUAUACACAAGAAUCGCUCGAGUCGCUCCAAACCGUCGACGACAUCCCUAUCCUGCGGGCGAUAGAAGUGCCCCGUAAUCGUUACGUCUGUGCGCGGAACAACGGCGCGCGACGGAACGUACGUCAAGGCAUUACGGAGCCUAUCCUACCGCCGCUCACUUACGACGGCUCGUCAUCUUCCUCAUCGUCGUUGAGCCCCGAGGCUCUGGCGUACCACUCGAUUCCCAUCACCCCUCCACAUUCGCCGUCGCCAAAUCACAUCCCUCCUGCUGUACCCCUUCCUCCUGGCUAUGUGCUAUCCGACCGUCGCCUUGCGCCUUUGGAGUAUCUUCAAAACAUUUCACCGAAAGCUCGUGAUCCCAUCGACGAUGAGGCGCUCCGCCAAUUCCAGGCUAUAACUAUCUGA